AUGAGCUAUCAAACGUAUGGAGUUACACCGCCUAUCUCCACUGCGGAGCCUACGUCAAAAGAAAAGAGCUUAAAUGAUUCGUUGAUCAAGGAAUUGCGGAAGCGUGGCUCUUUUGAAAAUGAAGCUGCCACCAAGAAAAGAGUUGAAGUUUUGAACACUUUACAGAAGAUCACUGAAGAGUUUGUAUAUAGAGUGUCAUUGAACAAGAACAUGAGCGAGGGAAUGGCAAGAGAUGCUGGUGGAAAGAUUUUCACAUAUGGAUCGUAUCGUCUAGGAGUAUAUGGCCCGGGGUCAGACAUUGAUACAUUGGUUGUGGUACCAAAACAUGUGAAUCGUACGGACUUUUUCACAGUCUUUGAGUCUCUUUUAAGAGAACGGCCAGAACUAGAAGAAAUUGCGUCCGUUCCAGAUGCGUUCGUUCCGAUCAUAAAAAUCGAAUUCGGGGGUAUCUCAAUAGAUUUGAUAUGUGCCAAGUUGGACAUUGGGAAAGUUCCUAGAGAUUUGACGUUGGGAGAUAAAAAUCUUUUGCGCAAUCUAGACGAAAAAGAUCUCAGAUCUCUUAAUGGAACACGUGUUACAGACGAAAUAUUGACACUCGUUCCUAAACCAACUGUCUUCAAGCACGCUCUAAGGUGUAUCAAAAUGUGGGCACAACAGAGAGCCAUUUAUGCUAACAUUUUUGGAUUUCCCGGCGGUGUGGCAUGGGCAAUGUUAACGGCGAGAAUCUGUCAGCUUUACCCAAAUGCUGUAAGUGCUGUAAUAGUGGAAAAGUUCUUUCACAUUUACUCGCAAUGGAGCUGGCCACAGCCUGUACUCUUGAAGCAGAUAGAAGAUGGCCCAUUACAAGUAAGGGUAUGGAAUCCCCGUUUAUACCCCCACGAUCGUCUGCACCGUAUGCCUGUCAUAACGCCAGCUUAUCCUUCAAUGUGCGCUACCCACAAUAUCACUAGCUCGACCCAAGCUAUUAUUGUUAGCGAGUUCAAAAGAGGUGCUGAAAUUAUGAACGACAUCAGUAUCGGAAAGAAAGAGUGGGGAGAUCUUUUUGCCAGACAUGAAUUCUUCUUCAGAUACAAGUUCUACUUGUGCGUUGUAGCCUCAACGAAAGGUUCUGCAGAAGAACAUCUCAAAUGGAGCGGUAUGGUUGAAAGUAAAUUAAGAAUACUAGUUCAAAAGCUAGAAUUAACUGAGGGUAUCACAAUUGCUCACCCCUACGUAAAGACUUUCGAAGAUGGUUAUGUGUGCAAAACCGCAGAUGAAGCGCUGACUAUCAUAUCAUCAUACGGGACUUUGAAGGGUGAGAAAGCGACAGAGGGAGCUCGUAAAAUAGAAAACCCGAAAGAGACAUACACCAACGACGAGAUAGCCUUGCAUUUGACAAAGCUCUACAUCGGCUUGGACAUUGACAUCAAAGGAGCUAAAAGUUUGGACAUUCAAGUUCCAUGUUCAGAAUUUUUCAAUCUAUGCAAGGGUUGGCCAACUUAUAACGAAGACAUGCAUGCGAUACAGAUAAAAAAUGUCAAACUUCACGAUCUCCCUAAUGACGUUUAUGUCGAAGGCGAGGAAAGACCAAUGAAGAUUCCUAAAAGAAAGAGGCUCGACUCCAACGGUGACACAAACAAAAGGCUAAAAAACAUCGGAACCGUUGCUACGGCUGCAAACAAUUAA